AUGCGUUCCCAUUCAUUCUGUUUGGCAUUGCUGGUCGGGACAACGUUGGCCAAUCCUGGCGCACGUUACGACUCGUCUGCGGAGGCGAGCGCGGCACAGAGCCUCGCCGAGCAACCUUAUCUUGGAGUCGGCGACGAAGCGAUUCCAUCGACACCUUUCACGGGCGAGGAGUCGUUCUCGAAUGGGGUACCCCUGAAUGAUUUCGGAUCGGUCGGAAUGACCUGGGAAGACGGCAAUUCUUUCGAUCAAGACAGUUCUGCAGCGGCAGCGGAGGACGACUCGUUCGAGGACCGGUUUCUCCGAAGAGCUUUCAAGAAGCGAGCCGUUUCGUCCACCUCAUCCCAAGCUGCCACCACAUCGACGAACACAAAGAGUACAUCCACUUCGUCUUCGCAUCGACAGUCUGUGACCUCCUCAUCCAGCCACUCGUCCACAUCUUCCGCAAGCAAAAGCCGCAGCAGUAACAGCCAAGCAUCGUCCACCAGCCGAGGCGGGUCCAGCACGAGUCGCUCGUCUGCAACCUCAAGAACCUCGACGACUUCUUCACGCACCACUAAGACUACAAUAAAGACUACAACAAAGACUACAACAAAGACUACAACGAAGACUGCAACAAAGACUACUCCAACGACGAAAACGGCAAAUGUCAAGGCGAUGGCCACUAGUGAGCGAAGUUUCUGACCUUGGCUCGUGGAGGCAGGUGGAUUGAUCAGAGCUUCCCGCAAACUUUAGCUACCUGUGCAAGUAGGUAUGCGGGGUCCCAUACCACAAUUUCUGGAACAGGAACCUUGCCCAGGCCAACGACGUGGGUGAAGAGGAGUGGUCAACAGCUGACUUUGAACGGCAAAAACUUCCGUAUGGUCGGCCCCAACAUCUACUGUGAGUGCCAGCACCAUUUCUGGCCGCCCGGCAUACUGUACUGAACCGGACGACCCACUUCCUCAGGGCUUUGCAAUGACGAAAAUGUUGGCACCAAGGGCUACCCGACUGACAAGGGCCGAAUCCGAGAAGCGCUGGCGAUCGCCGUCGCGAUGGGCGCGAACUCGAUUCGUUUGACCACCUGCGGGGUCAGCGUCGGAUCGAGGUACUUGCUCGAACCUACGCGCGGUCGGUUCGACUCCAGUGCUUGGGACAUCCACGAUUAUGCUAUUUUCGCCGCUGGUCGUUACGGACUCCGAGUCGUACUUCCUCUUGUUGACAAGUUCAGUCAAGGUUUGACGCUCCGCAUCCCACCGAAUACUAGACAGUGCUGACGAACGGCGGCCCCUUGUAUAUCAGCUACGCCUACUAUCAUGGCGGCAAAUACACCUUUUUGAAGUGGUUCGGCGUCAGUGAAAGCAACUUCGGCGCGAAUUUCUACACCAAUAAACGCGUGGUCGACGAGUUCCGCAACUACGUCACGACCGUCAUGUCGCGCUACAACCCCUACACAAAGAAAGCGUACAAGGACGAUCCGACCAUCAUGGCUUGGGAAACGGGUGAGCCAUUCACCUUGAUAAACUGAACGCAUCGGUGUGCGGUCGAAAGAUCAUAUUGAUCACUGUCCCCUGUUUUCAUUGUCCGCAGGGAACGAGCUGGGAGGUUACAUUGGCAACGAUGGCUACCCACCCUACGGAUGGACCAACUCCAUCGCAGGCCUCAUCAAGAGUCUCUGCCCUAAAUCUCUCGUCAUCGACGGAACGGACGGGAUCUACAACUAUUCGACCAAGGCCGUCGCUCCGGGCGGAGGGUCCAAGUACGUCGACAUCAUCACCGAUCACGCAUACCCGCGCUCAUAUGCGCUCAUCAAGUCCGAAAUUCCAAUUGCGAAAAAGUACAACAAGAACCUCUUGAUCGGAGGUAAGUAGGAAGAACCAUUUUGGACCCCUGUAGAGCUCGAGUGAGGCGUUACGAACAAAAUGGGGCUCACACUGAUCCUCUCGAAUUUUCGAUCUGCCAGAAUUCGACUGGACGGGCAACAAAGGUGGCGACGAUCUCGCCGGGUACCUGAAGAACGUCCUCAGUCAAUACACGAUGGGCUUGAUGGUGUGGAGCGUCUUCGGACAUGAUGCCAGGUGCUGCAACUACGUCACGCACAACGACGGUUACUCGAUCUAUUACCCGAAUGGGAACAGUGCUGCCGAUCAAGCGAGGGUGUUGGCAGUUUCGCAGUUCGUAAGUCGGUCGGCUUGGCUUCAUACCGGAUGAUAAGGGAUGGCCGCUGAUCUAGAACUCCGUCCGGCUUUUGCUUGCGCAGUUUUAUCGGUAGGUCCGAGGAGGUGAAAGAAGCAGAGAAUUUGGUUCGUCGAGCUGAUCUCCUCGUCACGCACAGGGCAACGGGUCGGAGCGUUCCUCGUACCUUGGUUGGUGUGGCUUGUCCUCAGCCCGUGUUUUAG